AUGUCUCUAGUAAUUAUUGAAAUGAGAACACACGUUGAUUGUGGAACUCACUUUAUCUUUUCUUGAUUGUUUCGGUCCUUUAACCAGUGCAGCCCCUAGCGGUUGUUCCGUUGGAACACUCAAUCGAGAUCGGCAAGGGGGACCCACAUCCGAGAGACGCAGAGAAGAAGAGAGUGCGCGGUUUGGCGGCGGUAGGUCAAAACGGACUCCGUGCGCCCCGCUCGACUUUUUUCGUUUGCAAAUCAAUAGCAUUCAUUUUAUUUCAGUUGUCCUCGACUCCUCUGCGAACACUUCUUAACACCUACGAAGUUCCGACAUCUGAAUGGACUUCUCUUAUUCAUCGCAUACAGGAUAGCAAGAUUUAUCAGUUCUGUUCUAAGGUAACCGCUUCUCAUCCGUUAAAGAAGCCUGUGGUUAAUGUAUUGCAGUUGUUCAUGCAGUUUGCGGGGGAUGAUGCAAUCUAUGGAACAGUUCGACUACAUAGUUUUUCCGCUGGAAGAAAAAGAGGUUUCAUGAGCUAACUGUUGCUUACAAUAAUAUCGAUGUAAUUCCAAUGGAAGAUCCACGAAUUAUAAAGAUAAUCAAUUUGCUGCAAGAAGCAGAGAGUGAGCUCAAAGAUGCCGAAGUCUCAAGAAAGGAUCCGUACUGCACUGAUUUCAUUCUGGAUUUGGUCGAAAAUUGCGGUCUUUACUCGAAUCCGACCGGAAUAGCGCGUCGUGAAAAAGCUUCCAAAUUUUCAUUGAGCGCUCGGGAUGCCAAAUUUAUCUUGUACCCUAUUUGGAAGACCUUGUACGAAUUACCCGAUGCUACAUAGAGAUUAUGCUUCAAAAUGCGAGACAGUACUUCACAGAAGGACAAAGUGUUUUCGAGUGCUCUUGGACGGUGAGACUAUUCCGAAGGGCCCAAAUUGUGCUGCGAAAAAGCUUAUUGCAGCCGAUAUCGUUCUCCUUUAUUAGGUUGCCAGCCGCACAAAGACCCUGAUUUCAUCUGAGAGAAAAUAGUAACAUUUGGCAACUUUGUAUGUCUUAUGAAGAAACUAAAAACUUAUUGGGCUAGUUGAUCAAAUAGCACUUCAAGUUGGCCAUGAACUAGGUCAUUUUGACUACAGACUGUCGCCCAAAACAUGUUUUCGGUCACAUGGAACCAAAUGUCAACAGUUUUAUUUCUCGCCGUUAUCAGCGGACAGCUGGUCACAAUUUUUCUUUCCCUUAUUCUCAUUAUAAAUGUGGCAGCAGUUUUUCGUAGUCAUUUGGAGUGAAAAUACUUAUUUUAUAGUAUGUAUCGAACAUUUUCGUGAUUAUUAGUUCAUAUUGUGUUGGUUUUUGUGGUUUUCCUUUUCACUUCAGUUGAUAAUCUCCCCAGCUUCAUCAUGUAGCAGACGUCCGUUAUCGUCAUUAUUUCUUUCAACGACAUAGAGUACCAAGGUACAAUGUUCUUGUGUUCUAUGUAUAAUUAUCAUUAUAAGGACGCCGUGGAGGUAACUGAUUGCGACCAAAACGCGGAACAGAACUUGAUGAUUAGAAAGUUUUAAAAACCCGCCUCUUUCCUCUAAUACUCUUCAGACUGCUCAUUUCUCCAUUACUGAAACAUUUUCCGUUAUAGAAAUGGUAUCGUUCAAAAAAGUUGCUGACAAAGUACUGAUCGCUAUUCAUUGUGUUGUACUUGGAGCCUACUUGUGAGUUUCAUCUUUUUCCCAGUGCAACAACACGAGAGUCUUUCUUCAAAAAAAAACACGUUUCAGAAUAAAAAAAGUGGACUACAUGGAGUUCUACUUCGACUUGAAAAUGCAUCAGUGUCACACAGAUCAAGCCAAAAUUGUGAGUGAUAAUUGUCAAAAUUUUUGGGAGCCACAAAUACAAUAGGGAAGAUAAUAGAAAACCGAGAAACUGAAAAUUCUCGAGAAAAACGGGCCGCAGUCCAAAAUGGCUGAUUCAUAUUUUGUAUUUUCAGGAGCAACUCGAAAAAUGGGACGACAAUCACAAGUUUGACAUUCCACCGGGGAUCAGUCAAGAAGAAUGGAGAACAUUCUGGUUCAUGUUUCGAGAAACGGCAUAUUUGAAGUACAAUUUCUUAUUUGAUGAGACUUACACCCCGCCCGCACUUCGAAACGAUCUAAUUGUACUAACAGACGGCGGCCAUACAAUUAUGGUUUCCAUUCCCUCACCCUAA